ACAUGUGGACACCAUGAAACUACUACUUCCUAACCCAGGACUGGAUGACCGAAUCCCUUCUCAUGGAGAUCUAGAGAAGCAGGAGAAAGAGGAAUUGGAUGGAAGACCCAAGUGGGACAACAAAACCCAGUACAUCCUAACUUGUGUGGGCUUUUGUGUUGGUGUUGGCAACGUGUGGCGAUUCCCUUACUUGUGUCAAAGUCAUGGAGGAGGUGCAUUUUUGAUUCCAUAUUUGCUCCUGCUGAUAUUGGAAGGAACACCUCUCCUGCUGAUGGAGUUUGCCAUUGGCCAGCGCCUCAGGAAAGGCAGUGUAGGAGUGUGGAAGAGCAUCAACCCUUAUUUGGCCGGCACCGGUGUAGCAUCGAUGCUGGUGUCAUUACUGAUUGGACUGUAUUAUAACAUCAUAAUAGCGUGGGCCUUAUGGUAUUUAUUCAAUUCCUUUCAAGAACCCCUGCCUUGGGAACAAUGUCCUCUCAAUGAAAAUAAGACAGGUUUUGUGCCGGAGUGUGAACAGAGUUCCACUAUUGAUUACUAUUUUUACCGAGUGAGUUUGAAUAGUACGCCGUCCAUAGCGGACUCUGGAGGGAUCCACUGGCCCGUGGUAUUAUGUUUAUUCACUGCCUGGAUAAUCACAUGGAUCUGCUUCAUAAAGGGGAUCAAAACGUCAGGCAAGGCCGUGUAUGUCACAUCGAUCAUGCCUUACAUUGUGCUGACCAUCUUUCUGAUCCGAGGACUGACUCUUAACGGUGCCGUGACUGGAAUCAAGUAUCUUUUUACACCGGAUGUGAAUGAGCUAAUGAACCCACAAACGUGGCUGGAUGCAGGCGCCCAGGUUUUUUAUUCCUUUGGUUUGGCAAUGGGGAGCCUGAUCUCGUUUUCAAGCUACAACUCUGUACACAACAACUGCGUAAAUGAUGCGUUGACCCUGUCUGCUAUAAGUGGUUUCACUUCAAUCUACAGUGCCACUGUUAUUUACACCAUUGUUGGAUUCAGGGCCACAAAUAAAUAUGAUAAAUGCAUCAGUGAUAACAUCAUAAAAUUACUAAAUGGCUUUGACCUUCCUGAAGAAAGCAUCACUACAAGUAAUUAUGAGGCUGCCCUCAAACGACUAAACAGCUCCUAUCCAGAUAAUGUCCAUGGGUUGGGUAUUGAAAACUGUCAGUUGGACAAACUUCUCAAAAGUGGAGUGGAGGGACCAGGUUUGGGCUUCAUUGUGUUCACAGAAGCCAUCACCUUGAUGCCUGCUUCUCCAGCCUGGUCUGUUCUCUUUUUCAUCAUGCUUCUCUGCUUGGGGAUCUCAAGCCAGUUUGGCAACAUGGAGGGAGUGAUGGUCCCUUUUCGAGACCUUCAGCUUUAUCCACAAAAAUGGCCCCAAGAAGGACUGACUGGAACAAUAUGUGCUGCCUGCUUCAUCAUCUCGCUCCUGUUUACCCAGCAAUCAGGGAUUUAUUGGCUAACUGUCUUUGACAGAUUUGCUGGAUCUGUUCCACUUCUGGUUGUUGGAUUCUUUGAGAUGAUUGCUGUUGCUUACAUCUACGGAAUAGAUCGGCUACAUGGAGAGCCAUCAGUCCUCUCAUCACACUGGUUAUCUUAAUUUUCUAUAUGGUUAAUCAGGUCCAAGGGCAGCUCAUCUAUUCAGUCUGGGAUCCUCAAUCUGAGGAUUUUCCAUC